UCGCCUAGCGGUCAAGGCUCCAGCGAAGACCCGCGCCACGGACAAAUUAAAAAAAAAAUUAAAAAUAAAAAGCGCGCGCUCGCGGCUGUCAAACGUCACCAAUGCAAUUAGACGAAAGUUUUUUCAUCUAAUUUUUUUUAACUAGCAACAUUUCUUAAUCGCUCAGUUUUUAGUACGAAUAACUGUUUAUUUCUUAGUGCCGGUGGAUAAUGAGUUCGUGAUUGUGCUACGUCUCGGAGUCCGUUAAGCAGCCACCGAACAUGCGAACCUGAGCCAUGGGUCCACCAAUAAACAGUUGGCCGACGAGCCACCACCACGACCACAGCCUGGUCCUGACCCUGGUCGACAAGCUUAGUGGUCUUGGCGUGAAUUGUACUGUAGUGGUCGUGUUGGUCCAGAUAUUCUUAAGCUUGAACUAUGUGACCGCUGGCCCGGUUAUAUUGAAUUUGGAUUAUUUGCAAGGUCCGGUACCUCUAGCAAGAAAUAUACGACACUUACCAUGCGUAUCAAGAAGAACGGCUGAAGAAGGUCUCUGUAUGUUUGCCAUCGACUGUCUCAAAGCGAACGGCUCCCACCUCGGCACUUGCAUUGAUAGAUUCUACUUCGGAUCCUGCUGUCAAAUCCCAGACAAAAAUAUCCUGCCAAGUAUAAUUAACAACGUAGAUGAUAACACGAUAGACAGCUCUAGUUUUGUCCACCCUCACACUGAGGAUAAACUACACAGCACUGUCAACAAAAUACCAGAUGUAUUCACGAAAGUCAAGCCAGUUAGUACAACUAAGAGCCCGCUUGACGUACAGAAUGUAACAGAAGCUCAAACUACAGCUAGUGUAGCACAAGAGAGAACAGAACCGAAUGAAGUUGACAAAGUAGAUAGUAAUACAACCCUAGAUAAUACGAUACACGAUGACGAUAAAUUAACGACGCAACCGGUUACGUCAUCUAGCGUUAAAAUUACAGAAGUGAGUAAAACGACUGAAAGAAUAGAACCCACUGAAGUUCCUAUAAAACUGUCAACAUUCCAAACCGUAUCAGGAGAUUCGAGCAAUUUAAUAAAAGAACAAGAAACGACAGUAAAACCGAUAAAGAUCGAAACAACAGAGGCGGUUACUACAACAACAGAAAAGUCAAAACCGACGAGGAAACCAAUAAAACCUACUUAUAAGCCCAGACCGACGUACAGACCUACAAACUUUACUAGACCACAUUAUACUGGUACAGGCAGGCCUCGGCCAACAAAACCCGUAGCUUCAUAUAACACAACAAGAAAACCUCCCUUCAGAAUACCAUCAAAGAGACCACCAACCAAAAAGCCUUUACCAAUCCCACCUAGAUUAAAUAUAACUAUAAUUCCCCAAUCAACUAGUUCAAAACCCGCAUUUACGAGACCUUCAGUACCUAUAAUAACAUACAUAAACACAACAGUAGCUAAAGCCGAAGAAAAAACAACAACCCCCACAGCAACAAUAUCUACAACAACCACAACAAUCGCUCCAAUAACAACAGAAAGAGAAGAAAUAACAGAAACAAUUACAGAAACUGUUGCUGAACAACAAACUGAAUCUAUUCCAAAGGCCACUGAAGCGGUGACAACAGAAUAUGUGAAAAUAACAGAACCUAUUCCAGAAACAACACAAUCAUCUCCAAAAUCAACAGAAUCACCUCCAGAAUCAACACAAGCAACAUCAACAUUAACAGAGGCGCCUACAAAACCGACAGAAGCACCAACAAUAUCAACAACAACAUCAAAAAUAAUUACAACAGAAACAACACCAAAACCAACAGAAAAAUUGACAACUGAAGCGAUUGUUCCAACAACAGAAUCUGUUAGAGACACUACGUUACUAGAAACAACAAUAGCAUUAGAAACUGAGAAACCGACUGAAGCAGAGAUUACAACAACGUCAACAGAAUUCCCGCCUUUCAUGACGUGGUCCAACACUUUUGAUACAGUAACAAAAACACCAGAAACAACAAGCACUACAACAACAACAACAACUACUACAACAACAGCAGCACCUAAAACAACAACAGACGAUGAACUAUGGUCACCCAUAACACCGCCAGACGGCUGGGUGCUAUUAUCAACCCCACCAAAAGAAGAUACAACAACAAAAUCAUCAACAACAACAUCGACAACAACAACAACAGAAUCAACAUUAACAGAAGCACCCGUGACAGUGCUCACACAGUCAUACACAUCGCAAGCACAAUCCGAAACAACACAAAGUGUAACAACACAAAGCGUUACAACACAAAAUGUAACAACACAAAGUGUUGCAACACCUGUAACAACAGUAUCAACGCCAGCAACAGAACUGUUGGAAUUCACGGUGAAUGUGACGUUGUCGCCAACGGUACCGCCAACAACAGAAUCUGUUGUUGCGGCCAAUGUUACACUGAACGAAACAACAGCUAGUGAAGGACAAACAAGCAACACGACAGAAUCAACAACAACGGUAACAACAACCACAGAAGCAACAUUCAACACGUCCAAUUAUAAAGAUAUGUGCGGUCGUCGUAUGUGGCCGCAAGGACGUAUAGUUGGAGGCGCCAAGUCGGGCUUCGGUCAGUGGCCGUGGCAGAUAUCCCUGCGGCAGUACAGGACGUCGACGUACUUGCACAAGUGUGGGGCGGCGUUGUUGAACGAAAAUUGGGCAAUUACGGCUGCGCAUUGUGUGGAACAUGUACCCCCAUCAGAACUACUAGUACGUCUUGGUGAACACGAUCUAGCGAACGAGGAGGAACCGUAUGGCUUCGCGGAGAGACGGGUGCAGAUCAUAGCUAGCCACCCGCAUUUUGACCCGGCUACGUUUGAAUAUGAUCUUGCUUUGUUGAGAUUCUACGAGCCAGUGACAUUCCAACCGAACAUUAUCCCCGUGUGUGUGCCCGACAAUGACGACGAUUACGUCGGCAAAACGGCCUACGUGACUGGAUGGGGUCGGUUGUAUGACGAGGGCCCGCUCCCCAGUGUACUCCAAGAAGUGGAAGUACCCGUGAUCAACAACACGGCGUGUGAAGCGAUGUACCAAGCCGCGGGAUACAAUGAACAUAUACCGAAUAUAUUCAUUUGUGCUGGUUGGAAGAAAGGUGGCGCUGACAGCUGUGAAGGUGACAGCGGCGGGCCUAUGGUGAUACAACGGGACCGUGACGACCGUUUUGUACUCGGUGGGGUUAUAUCAUGGGGUAUUGGGUGUGCGGAACCCAACCAGCCGGGUGUUUAUACGAGAAUAUCCGAGUUUAGAGAUUGGAUCAAUCAAAUAUUGCAGUUUUAGUGAAAAAAAUGGAAAAAACUGUUAAAAAAUCCAAAAAAAUGUGAUUUUAAGGAAAAUACUACGAUUUUUGUGAAGAUAAAUGGUUAGAACGUGAAAAUAAUCACAAGAAUUGUGAUUUUAUCAGUCAAAAAAACAUUACAACAACAAAUCGUCUUUACAUUUUGUAAAGACGAUUUACCGAAAUUUGAAAAAAUUUUGUGAUUUUAACGCUCAAAUUAUUACGACUUUUGUGAAGAUACUGGUUAAAAUGUGAAAAAAAUCGCAAAAAUGGUGACUUUUAUAUUGAAAAUAACGAUUUUUGUGAGAGAACUUUUGUUGAUACGUUUUUUACACAUUCCAGUGACAUACGAAUACCGAAGUUUGUAGGAAAAAGACAAAGCUAUGUGGUUCGUCUAGCGCCAUCACUUUCCGACACUGGAUUUAUUACUGCUUUACGACGUCAACUUUUGCUUCAUAGAAAUGAGUAAAAGCAGAAUAAUAUAUUAAUUUAUUACGGUAUUCCCGCUAAUUAAAAAUAAUAACUGAAGGAUAGAACAGCGGUAGAUUACCAGUAUUUUGGUGUAUAACGACGAAAAAAUACUCCAAAAAAAAAAUAUUUGUAAAAAAUAUUAUUUUGAUAUCAAAAAAUUGAGAAUUUUAUAAAGACGAUCUCCGUUUCUAUUAUUUAAUUCUAAAAGUAUUGAAAACAUCAAUGAGAUGACAACGAAAAUAUUUCCUAAAAAUUAUUAUGACUUGUAAAGUUUAGUUAUUGGAUAAAAAAUGAAUUUGGUCAACAAAUGCAUAGUAUUUAAAUUGUUUGUUGGCUAAAAACAUUUAAACUAUUUUAUUCAUAAUAAAAAAUUAUUAUUCUUGUAAACACAACGAUAAUGAUUUUUAAAAAUAAUGCCUUUUACAAACUUAAGUAACUUAAUGUACAGGCAUUUUUUUCUAAGCAUCUAAUCGACAAUGUUAUUUAUUUUAUUAAAUAAAUAAUAAUAUACAAAUAAUCGCCAAAAGGUAUUUGUGUUUUUUGUAUAGAAAUUCUAAUUUCUUGUGUUCCAAUUUUUAUAUAAGAUAAUUAAGUAAAAUAAGGUUAAAAUUUGAGCCAAUACGUAUGAUAUUAUCCGUCCGUUGUAGUCUUUAGAACUUUGUAAAUAAUUGAUAUUUUCGUAAAUAAUGCAUUUAUUAUUUUUCUAUUUAUGACUAGCCAUAAUUUUAGGUAAAUGAAUUUUAU